UUUUAGAUUAAAAUCUAAUGAUAAAUUCUACCCGGUACUUUACAAAAAGAUUAGUAAAUCUCAUUGUUGAACGAUAAAAUUACAUAAUUUGAUAACGAGUACGAAAAAAGCAAUAAUGACUCCCUGUUUCAUGCUGGUCUUUUGGAUAAACUUUUGUAUGUUCAUCUGGCCGUUUAGGCAUAUUGUACAACGCUAGAUACAAUGGCGUCCUCCAGCACGAAAGUAACAACCCUUCUUCCCAAAAAAGAUGAUUCCGGGCAUAGUGAGCAUGGAAAACGACCGCUCCCUGCCGACGACGAUGACCAGGAAGGAAACUCAGGCAGUGAUGUUGGUCGCAGAAGCAAACGCAAAAGAGCGAAAGUGGAAUACAAAGAAAUGGACGAACAUCUAGCUCAUAUCUCAGAGGAUGAAUUCUAUUCAGAGGAAGAAAAAAAGGAAAAAGAGAAUACAAAAGCUAAAGAUGGGAAAGAACCAAAAGAGAAAGAAGGAAAAGAACAAAAAGAGAAAGACGCAAAACAAAGCUCCAAAGAUGAAGAAGCAAUUGCUGAAGAGAGCGACCAUUCUGCAGAUGAUCCUUCAGGUCUGGAGGGGGCAGCUUUUCAGAGUCGACUUCCAGUGGACAAAAUGACAACCCAGGAAGCUGCCUCUUUCCCUGAUAUAGUCCAGGGACCCCCCCAGUCUCAGAAAGUGUUCCUUCACCUAAGGAACAGGAUUUUGCAGCUAUGGUUGGAGAAUCCGAAGCAACAAUUGACUUUUGAAGCUGCCUUACAGGAAAUUGAACCACCGUACAACAGUGAUGGUCAGCUGGUCUUGCGAGUUCACUCGUUUCUGGAACGGUACAGCUUCAUCAACUUUGGCAUCUUCAAGCGGUUGAAGCCUUUACCAGCCAAAAAGAACUGCAAGGUUAUCAUUGUAGGUGCAGGAAUUGCAGGGCUGGGAGCUGCAAGACAGUUGAUGUCCUUUGGAGUGGAUGUUGUCCUUAUUGAAGCUCGGGAUCGUGUAGGUGGACGCAUCCAGACUUUUAGAAGGGGAAAUUAUGUCGCUGAUUUAGGUGCAAUGGUUGUCACAGGCCUUGGUGGCAAUCCAGUCACAGUUCUCAGUAAACAGAUCAACAUGGAAUUGCACAAGAUCAAACAGAAAUGUCCUUUAUACGAAAGCAAUGGAUGUACGGUCCUGAAAGAAAAAGAUGAAAUGGUGGAACGUGAGUUCAACAGACUACUGGAAACAACAUCAUAUUUGUCUCAUCAAGUGAACUUUAACGAGAUCAAUUGCAAACCAGCCUCACUAGGCCAGGCCUUGGAAGCAGUCAUCAAAUUACAGGAGAAGCACGUGAAGGACAAACAGUGUGAGCAUCAGAGAAACAUCAUCGAGAUGCAAGAGAAACUACGCAAGUGCCAGGCACAGAUGUUGACAUUGAAAGACAAGGUUCAGGAACUACACAAACAGUGGCGUGAAGCAUCAGACGUAAAACCGCCAAGGGAUAUCACAGCUGAGUUCCUGGUGAAAAGCAAGCUGCGGGAUCUCAAUGCUGCUGUCAAGGAGUAUGAACAGUCAACAGCAAAACAGAAAGAAAUUGAGGACAAGCUGCAUGAGCUUGAAGCAAACCCUCCCAGUGAUGUGUACCUGUCAUCAAGAGACAGACAGAUCAUGGACUGGCAUUUUGCCAACUUGGAGUUUGCCAACUCAACUCCGCUGUCCAAUUUGUCUCUCAAACACUGGGACCAGGAUGAUGACUUUGAGUUUUCUGGCAGUCAUCUUACCGUUCGGAAUGGCUACUCCUGUGUGCCCAUUGCUCUGUCAGAAGGACUGGAUUAUAAAUUGAACACCGUUGUCAAGCAAAUCAAAGUAACUGAGAAAGGUGCCGAAGUUGUCACAACAGCAAAGAAUGGCUCCAAUCAACAAGUGCUCAAAGCUGAUGCCGUACUCUGCACACUUCCCCUGGGUGUGCUGAAGGAGUGUGUCAACAACACGCCCAAUGUGCCCCAGUUUAUCCCUCCCUUACCAGACUGGAAAGCAGAUGCUAUUGGCAGACUGGGAUUUGGAAAUUUGAACAAGGUUGUGUUAUGUUUUGAUCGUGUCUUCUGGGACCCCAGUGCCAAUUUGUUUGGUCACGUAGGCAGCACAACUGCCAGCCGAGGUGAACUGUUCCUCUUCUGGAACCUCUACAAGGCCCCUGUUCUGCUGGCUCUGAUCGCAGGAGAGGCUGCCGCCAUCAUGGAGAAUGUCAGCGACGACGUCAUUGUUGGCAGGUGUCUGGUCGUCAUGAAAGGGAUCUUUGGAGUGAAUGCUGUGCCCCAGCCCAAAGAGACAUUGGUGUCCAGGUGGAGAGCAGACCCGUACGCUCGAGGAUCCUACUCAUACGUUGCAGCUGGGUCUUCAGGAAAUGACUACGACCUGUUGGCAUCCCCCAUUGCACACCAGGCAGGAGCUCCAUCAAGAUUGUUCUUUGCCGGGGAGCACACGAUCCGCAACUACCCAGCCACUGUGCAUGGUGCACUCCUUAGUGGGUUCCGUGAGGCUGGUCGCAUUGCCGACAAAUUCCUGGGGGCUCCCUACUGUGCUCCUCAGCAAACCAAGCCACCAGCUGCCAGUGAAGAUGCCUGAGAGGCUUAAUGCUUUAAGGUUUAUGUGAGAAUUUUUCCAUCCAUAAUUUCCCAUAAAGAUGAAAGGGGUUAAUGAUUCAGCUUUGUCUUGUCUAUUUAUUUUUCUUGAAGAUAAAAGGAUGCCUUCCUCCAUGGCUCUCGAAGCUGUGCGUACUGCGGUGGGAAUGUUGCAACGUAGGAUGUGAUGGUGUAUGGUUCAGAAUUCCACCUUGAGAAGAGUGAUAAUGAGCACUUUAUGUUUGACAGGUUGUUGAAAAUGUUUUUUUCCCAGAAAAUUGAUUUGACGAGUAGAUGCCAGGGAGGGAUAGGUUGAAACUAUUGUUUUUUUUAGAUAUAAUUAAAGCUGCUACUGAACUCAUGAGUUAGUCUUGUUAUACACAGGAAGCAGGCAAAAAAGUUAAUAAAUAAUUCCUUACUAGUGUAUGUUUGUAAGCUAAGUUCGUUGAGUCUGUUAAUAGUCUAUGCGACUGGGUUUUAGUUUGUUUGUAUUUUCGCUAAACAUGUUUUGACAAGAUCUCAGAUUUAAGACACAUUAUCUUUAUUGUUCAGUCGCUUAUUUAUCACAACACGCAAAACCUGGUGCUAUAGCACAUCAAAUACUCAUUUUUCUCACAUUUUCAUCCUUUGACCCCUUCAAAGGAUUACAUUUUCAUACCGCCCACCUACUUGUAUUUCCAAACGCGGUAAAAAAAUAACACCUAUCACUACCAGGGUGAUACCCAACGCCCACCAAAAUUACCAAAUUGCUGUGGUGUUGAAUUAUGUGCUCUUGUUGGGUUUCCUGCCGUGGCUGCUAAAAGUAUUGAUCAUUCUAAUUCUAUACUUCAAACUAGAUUCUUCCUUGCCAUGGAGCUUGAGUUGUUUAAUAUUUUGUUGAAGCUCGUUGAUGUAAGUCGUUUUGCCUGUGCUCUCCUUGUUGGAAGUGUUCAGUUGUUUUAGAAUGAGAAGUUGAUCCUGAAUUGGGAACUGAAUGGUGAACGUUGCUCUAUUGAAUUUUAAUCUGCCUUGAAGACUGACCUGCUCUUCUUUAGAAUGGGUAAAUUAUCACAUUGCAUGCCUCUGAAUUUUCUUUGGAGUAGUUUUACCCAAACCCCUUUAUGUGUUGUAAACUCGGGACCAGACCUACUGUAUUCAUCAGUGUGAACAUACCUUCUUUUCCUCAGUGGUGUUUCUACAGCAAACCUUUCCAUCCCUUGCUUCUUGUUUGCUCUUUUAUUUUAUGUGUGUACAUUUUACUUCUUUUUUUUUUGGGUGGUAAAAGUUGACAGGAAUUUUCUCCUUUUCAGCUGUUUCUACUUGAUUAUAAUGUUAUUUCCAAUUUGUACAGCUGACUCAGGUUUUAAAUAUAUUUAACUGCUAGAAAAUGUGCAAUUUAUUCAUUGAUCAUCCAAUCAUGGUUUCAUGUGCAGCAAAUUGGCAGAAAUAUGUCUUAAAUAACCCACCAUUGUGUGUUUUGCAUUAAUAAGGAACAGACCCUACCCUUUUGCUUCGGUGUGUUUGCUUUAUGCUCCCAGUUUCUACUUUUGUUUCUGCUUCUUUUUGCAAGUUCAUUCUCCCUCAAAUAAAAGAGAAAAUGUGUUCGUGUUUGUCAUGUUGGCCACAGUUUGAUGAGUUGUGCCAAAUUUAGAAGAAUCACAGAAAUCGAUGUACAGAAAAGUGGGCAGACAUGGCUAGCACAGGAUAGAGAAAGGUGGAAAGUGUUUGUCCGUGGUCUAUACCCUGGUGCAGGGUGAGAAAGGCAAUGAUGAUGAUGCCACCCAAAUUUGAUGAAUGAAUGGCUUUGUCUUGGUCCGAAAUGAACAGGGUGACGUGAUGGGCUAUCUGCACAAGUGGAACAGAUUAGUCUGUUUCUGUUGUCCGGAAGGAUUCCUGUGGAUUUUGUAAUGAACUCUGAAAAGUUAUUUUCAGAUACAAUGCUGCAUUUUUUUUAUAUCCCCUACUUAUCCUCUGACUGUAUUGAAAAGAAGGCGAGAAAUUGGCACACAUAUUUGUCUUCCUAAAUUAAUUUUGUUUCUCCUGUAUCCUGUUGUUGUCUAUGUUUUGAAAUUAUUUAUUCAUUUAUUUUUUUAAAUACAAAAUUUGAUGUACAGCUGGUAAAGUGUAAUUUAUAGCUGUGUAGUAUUCUUUGAUUGCUUUGAAUAGCAUCUUAUUGAAUAAACAAUAUGAAAAUAAAAAUCACAGUUUAGUUUUGGAA